GUGAUGGAGCUUGGAGUCUUCUCCUUCUCCCAAGAAUCGAUUCCAUCGUCUCGAUCUCAAAACCCUAGGGUUCUCAGAUCUCUCCAUUUCUAGUCUCUUCUCAAUCUGCCGGUGCUGUUGAUGCGAUUUGGAUUGGAUUGGAUCGGGAUUGGCUGGUUCUGAGUGGCUUGGGGCGGUGGGGGAUGAGGAGGAGGGGAUUCGACUUUCGGAGGCCGGCGAGGAGGCGAUGGAUCUCCGGCGGUUGGGUGCUUUGGCUGGUGAUUGGGGGUUUGGGUGUUCUGAUGUUUCUUUCGCUGUUUAGCCGAGAGAGCCAACCGAGAUCCGCGCCGCUUGUCAGACAGCACCAUAUCACCACUUUUGUGGAAGGUCUCAAUGUUACAGAUGAAAUGCUUAGUCCUCAUUCAGCCACACGGCAAGUUGUGGACCAAAUCUCUCUUGCAAAGUCUUAUGUUACAAUUGCCAAGGAGAGUAACAAUAUACGGUUUGCAGGAGAACUUAGUGCCCAGUUACACCGCUCUCAAGAUCUAUUAUCCAGUGUGGCAGCACGAGGAACCCAAUUGACUAUUGAAGAAGCAGAAACCACAAUCCGUGACAUGGCCUUUCUGCUCUUCCAAGCCCAACAGCUCCAUUAUGACAGCUCAUCCAUGAUUGCAAAGUUGAAAGGUCAAGUCCAAUCUUUUGAAGAGAAAUCUAAAUCUGAGGCUGAAAAGAGUACAAAGUAUGGGCAGAUUGCUGCUGAAGAGCUCCCAAAAGGUCUAUAUUGUCUUGGUCUCAAGCUUACAAUGGAAUGGUUCCAAAAUUCAAACGCUCAAAGGAAACUUGUGGAACAAAGACGAGUAUCAGAAAGGCUCAAGGACAACCGUCUCUACCAUUAUUGUGUCUUUUCAGACAAUAUUCUGGCUGCAUCAGUUGUAGUCAAUUCAACAACAUUGAAUUCCAAGCAUCCAGAUCUCAUCGUUUUCCACUUGGUCACUGAUGAUGUGAACUAUGCACCAAUGAAGGCCUGGUUCUUUCUCAACAAUUUUCAUGGUGCAACUGUGGAGAUCCAGAAAGUUGAAGAUUUCAGCUGGCUUAAUGCAUCAUAUGUGCCUGUCUUAAAGCAGCUCCAAGACUCUGAAACACAGAACUUCUACUUCUCUGGAAGUGGCGAUAGUCGAACUCCAAUCAAGUUCCGCAACCCUAAAUACUUGUCAUUAUUAAACCAUUUAAGGUUUUACAUUCCGGAAGUCUAUCCUGCACUGGAGAAGGUAGUAUUUCUAGAUGAUGAUGUAGUAGUUCAGAAGGAUCUAUCGGAUUUGUUCUCAAUCAAUCUUAACGGGAAUGUGAUGGGCGCAGUUGAGACUUGUAUGGAGACAUUCCACAGGUUUCACAAGUACCUUAAUUACUCUCACCCGCUCAUACGUGCGCAUUUUGAUCCAGAUGCAUGUGGCUGGGCAUUUGGCAUGAAUGUAAUUGAUUUAAGAGAGUGGAGGAAGAGAAAUGUGACUGGAAUCUACCACUAUUGGCAAGAGAGGAACAAAGAUCACACAUUAUGGAAGCUCGGUUCACUGCCUCCUGGCCUGCUGGCAUUUUACGGCCUUGUUGAGACAUUGGACCCGAAGUGGCAUGUAUUAGGUUUAGGUUACACAACAGUGGAACCUUCACUGAUCAAGGAAGGAGCUGUGCUACAUUAUAAUGGUAACAUGAAACCAUGGCUUAAGAUUGCAAUGGAGAAGUACAAAGGUUUGUGGGAUAGGUAUGUAGAUUAUUCCCACCCUCUUUUGCAACGAUGCUUCGUGCACUAAUUCUUUUUGUCCUUGAGAUGGUAGAUUCUGAUUGUUCCUAGCAGCUGCCAAAAAACUAUUUACAAAGAGCAUGCACAGAGUUAAAAUUUUGUCGAUUGGUAGGAUUGCGAUCUCAGUCUAUAUUCCUUCAAUAUAUAUAUCCUUCAUUUCAGAUA